GAGGUGCCGUUCGAUCCUGUGGUGCUCGAAUGGCACGGUCGCGUUGGUCAACGACGCACUGCUCGACUCUGUGGUACUUGAGCCAGCUGUGCUGAUCAGCGAGGUGCUGCACGACUCUGUGGUUCUGGAGCCAGUGCUGCUCGACUCUGUGGUGCUCGAAACCGUAGUGCUGGACUCGGUGGUGCUGGUCAGCGAGGCACUGCGCGACGACGUACUGCUCGACUCUAUGGCACUUGAGACGGUUGUGCUGGUCAGCGAUGUGCUGCUCGAAUCCGAGGUGCACGAUCCUGUAAUGCACGACUCGGUCGUGCUUGUCAGCGACGUGCUGCACGACUCUGUGAUACUUGAUCCAGUAGUGCUGGUCUCGGUCGUGCCUGUUAGCGCGGUGCUGCACAACUCCGUGGCGCUCGAUCCCGCGCCGGUCGUACUGGUCAGCGAUUUGCUGCUCGACUCUGCGGUGAUUGAGCCUGACGCGCUGGCCUCGGUCGUGCUUGUCAGCGACGUGCUGCACGUCUCUGUGGUGAUUGAGCCGGUCGCACUGGUCUCGGUCGCGCCGGCCAGCGCGGUGCUGUUCGACUCAGUGGCGUUCGACCCCGAGGUGCUCGACUCGGUCGCGCUGGUUAGCGACGUGCUGCACAGCGUGGUGCUGCUUAAUAAUGUGGAACUUGAGCCAGUCGUAAUGGUCAGCGAGGUGCUGCUCGACUCUGUGGUAAUUGAGCCUGCCGUGCUGGUCUCGGUCGCGCUUGUCAGCGACGUGCUGCUCGACUCUGUGGUACUUGAGCCCGUCAUACUGGUCUCGGUCAUACUGGCCAGCGUGGCGCUGCUCGACUCCGUGGCGCUCAGUCCCGCAGUGCACGACUCAGUCGUGCUGAUCAGCGACGCGCUGCUCGACGACGCACUGCUCGACUCUGCGGUUCUUGAGCCAGUCUUGCUUGUCAGCGAGGUGCUGCACAACUCCGCGAGCCCUCAGAGAGGGGCGGAGGCCAUGGGCAGGGCGAACGAGGAGCACGGCGGGAGAAACAGGCGAACACGGCAGAGGCGGAACGCAGCUAACAGCUGCAGCAAUGGGAGAUGA